AAUCAAAAAAGAAAAACUCGAAACCACGGUUUACUUCAACCUUGCUCACCCCGUGCGGCUGCAUCGCCCGCCGGCCGCCGCCUCUGCUGCACGCGGCACGCGUGCCCCGCCGCCGCCCUCCCCUGUUCCCCUCUCCCCACCUACUGGUUGCUCCGCCUCCACGUGACCGCGUCGUUCCGCCUCGGCCUAGGCAGUGUUCUCCCCCUCCGGCCAGUUCCCGCCUCCGCUUCGACCGGCGGACUCCUGCCGCCGCCGACCUCGUGUAACGCUGGGUCGAGAUUGAUGCUCGCCGAGUCACGCAGCGACGCAGGCGCAACCGCGGCCUGCUCUCGCAGCUCGCCUACUCGUGGCUCCUGGGGCCCUGAGCGUGUGUUUGAUGAAUUGACUAAGGCGCUGAAAGAUCCUGCAGAUUUUGUUGAUUUUGAUCUGCCAUCUGCGUUGAAAGAAUGGAAGCUAGGCUACUAUAUACCAAUUAAGCGGAAUGUUUAUCUUACUAAGAAGCGGGUUGAAGAUGAUGGCAUUUUUUGUUCUUGCUCCCUUUCUUCUGGAUCACCAGUUGCUUGUGGAAAAGAUUGCCAAUGCGGGAUGCUGUUCUCUUGUUGUUCAUCAAACUGUAAAUGUGAGAACAAUUGUGCCAAUAAAUCAUUCCAGCUCCGACCUUUGUUCAAAACAAAAUUGAUUAAGACAGAGAAAUGUGGCUUUGGAUUGAUAGCCGAGGACGAAAUAAAGAAAGGAGAAUUUGUUAUAGAAUAUGUAGGAGAAGUCAUUGAUGACAGAACUUGUGAGGAAAGACUAUGGAAAAUGAAGAGACAACGUUACACUAACUUCUAUCUUUGUGAGGUCAGUAGUAAUAUGGUCAUUGAUGCAACAAACAAGGGGAACAAGUCCAGGUUCAUCAAUCAUAGCUGUGAACCAAACACAGAGAUGCAGAAAUGGACUGUAGAUGGAGAGACCAGAGUUGGAAUUUUUGCUCUUCGUGACAUAGAGAAAGGGGAGGAGCUGACCUAUGACUAUAAAUUUGUCCAGUUUGGAGCAGAUCAAGAUUGUCAUUGUGGAUCUUCAAACUGCAGAAAAAUGGUUGGCACGUCUAAGUCGGUCAACUCGUUUGUUCUCCACAAUGGCAACUCAGCAAGCUCACAAGAUCAGCACGACAUGAAGAAAAGAAAGACAACCUCAGAUAAUUGUAUUGGGGAGAUCAUCCGUUUAUGGGAUCGACGGGACAAAAUGUAUGUCCCGGCAGUUGUACAUGACUAUGAUGAGUACACUGGAAUGCAUACCUUACUGCUUGAUGAAGAAACUACUGAAAAUUUUGAUAUGAGAGAGGAAGACUGGGACUUCCUACCGCGCCCAGAAGAUCCAGAAGAAGACUGAAUAUUGAAGGAUCCUUAUGUUUCUGUGUACUGACAGGAUACAUCCAGCUGAUUCCCAUCUCAGCUGAACCUGUCACUACCAUUGUAGACAAAUCAUCACUGGGCAAGUGCUUGGUGCAACCAUCCACCCUCAAACCAGAUUUUUUUUCAGUGUGCUCCCACCUUGUAAAUUAGAUUUCCGUCCUCAAAUUAGAUUGUUUUUUCUUUCCUGCACUCUCCGGUUCCACUCUCAAAACAGAUUAUUUUUCCCUGCAUUAUCAACCCCUCUCAAAUGAGACUUAUUCUACUGGGUCACAGUUUUGUUCUGUUGUCCUGCAUGUGUCA